GUUAGUACGGACUAGCAGUUCUUACAACACUCUUCGACAAUCACAGUUCACUGCUCAUAGGUUGAGAUCCUACCUUACGCAAUAUGAUAGCAAUUUACUGAAGCAGGUUGCACUGUGUUCCUUGACGUGAAAUUUACAAACAACCUGUCCAAAAUUAUAAACAAAGAUACAGACGAGCUCCUUUACUUUUAACUUUGAAAUUCACUUUGUGAUAUAACUAUUGAUAAAUAUAUACAUUCUUUAUGGUGUAGCUACAUGUCUUUUUGGAUUUCCCACAUACUUCAUUAGAAAUAAAGUUGCUUUCCUACAGCCUGAAAAUCGGUUUAUAGUAUUUGCAUACUGAAGUUUUAACACAUUAAAUUUAUUCAAAUCUUUAAAGGUUACUUGUAUGUUUGGCCUUCAGUUGCGGCAUGCGUUUUGAGAAGGAAAGAUAUAUAUCAGUAAUUGCAUGUUUAAUAAGACAGAAAAGAUUUAAAGUUAUGCAAAUAUUAGUAGGAGCAAAAGCAUGGGAACGAGAUUGAGUCUAAUUCAUCAUAUUUUCCGAUUCUUGCAAUGCGGGUUCAUUUCCGUUGUGAUCAUGUCGUGUUUUGAUUGGGUGUUUAACCUUAGUUUAUAACGUUAGUUUAACGACAGUAACGUUGAUAGGGCCUUGCCGUUUCUUAUUGGGUUCCACAAUACCAGAAUAUGAGUUAUAUUUAAACACGUUGAUUGUUUCUGAACUGAAAUAUCGAUUUGAGCUGUUCUAUACUUUGACAUAUUGCUUUUCAGUGUAAACGCUGGUUAUACACAGUAAACUGUUUUAUAUAGGUAGCAAACAAUUUGACAAGCUCAUUCGUUAUAAGUGCUCCAACUUUGGCUCGACGUGAUCAUAAUUGGGUAUGAAAAUUAUGCGUGCGAGAAAGUAAUUAACGAACGCAACAAAUACUACGUCAUAAUUAUGGACGUGUUAUUAGCACUAAACAGACGAAAUGUUUCAUUAAUAAACGCAGUCGUUGUAGAAUAAACUGAGCAAAUAUUUUGGAAAAUAAUGAGUGAGGAAAAUACUGUUACAAUACUUGAUCUUCUCAAUCUUUCCUUGGGCACUCCUGAAAUAGGAGCUGUUAACUUCAAUCUUCUUCAUCGUUUUUUGCUGGAGUUGGUGAAACAUCUUUCAAUCGCUAGAAAACAGAUCGACAUAACAGAUGAUAUAAGCAUACAAUCUGCCUUGGAAGAGACACGUAUGUUGAGCGGAGCAAAGUCUCAAACUCAUUUCUUUGCCUACAGCAGUCUCAGUGAGCAAGGUGACAGCAAACGUUUGAAUGAAUUGAGAGCACAAGACAGUCCGACAACAUUUAGCAGUGGAAAACUCGCCAGUGAAACGAGAUCAAGAGAUAGUGUCGGUGCUCUAGAGAAGCCUGAUACAGCGACCAGUCGAGUACAAGGUUCUGAUAACAUCAAUGGAUUGGUGAGAUCUGGAGAAUCUAGCGAAGGUGGUAGUCGUACCAGACAGGAUACAAAGCAAGUGAUGGAGGAGGGCAAAGAAGAAUUGCAAACCAAAUGCGGCACAGGAGAACGUGGUGACAGAACGUCUGCGGGAAGUAAGGAGAAUUUGCAAAUGAAGCGCGGCUCUGUUGAAAGUGGUAAGGCUGGAGGAAUAGAAGAAGCGCAAGGAAACAAAGAAAACGUGCAAGUGAAAGGAGCCAUAGCCCCAGGCGAGAGUCAUAAAGGACAAGUGAUUGAGACACGAGAAAGUAAAGAGAGCAUGCAAACAAAACGUAGCACUGGUGAAAUGGAUGGCAGUACGAGCUUCCCCUCAGGUCAAAUCAAAACUGCUGACGGGAAAGAUACAAAAGAUGAUCCAAAACAACGCAGCCCAGACGAAAGAGUUCAGUUUAAAGCUGAAUCUUCUCUGUCACAAAAUUCUCUUGUGGUUAAAAGCCUUUCACCUCAAUCGGCAUUACACAGCCUCGCAGGACGAUCUUCUGUGGCAAAGGAAAGCAAACGUACAUCACCCGCCUCAAGUAAGACCGACAUACGCAAGCGAAGUUUUAUUGACAUGGUUCCAGGUCUCUAUCAACUGGAAAGGAAGAUUUCAAUUCUCGAAGCCAAGUUUGAAUCCUUGUCUGCAGGUCCAACCAAUUUGGAACUUGUUCAACAAGCCCGAGACUUACAGAGCCGGGACAGCAGCACGACAGCAGCGGGCGAUAUGUGGCAGGCAAUGAAUCUUGUUCGUAGAAUUGAAGUAGCUGAAGGAGGUAUUGACGGUAUUACAGCCAUGCUGGAUGAUAUCUGCAAACAACUAAAAAGAAUGAAAGAGGCUUGGCCUGAUGACUUAUCGAACAAGCUGAGUAACACUAUGACAAAAUCUGGUGAAUUGCAAUCCAAGCUGGUGGACAUCGACGGGAAGUUGAAGAACGUCGUGAUCAAAACUGAUUUGAAACCCUUUAUAACAGUUAAGAAGAUGAAUGAAAUGAUGGACUAUAAAUUGCAAAAUUAUAGGCAGCUUUCCCCAACUGUUCCAAAGAGCCCGAAGAAAACAAUAAGCAGUAAGCUCGCUCAAACGGACGUGAUAGAAGUUAGCAGUCAGCCAGCACAAACGUCUCCGACAUUAACUGGCAGUGGUCGUGCAAGAACAGCGACAUCACAGAAAAGCAUCGAAGAUCGAGGAGAGUCUGACACAGCAAACUCUCCAGCACAAAUUGAGGCUAUUACAACAAGCGAUGAACAAGCUCCAAGUAAAUCCGAGACACCAAGUAGCGAACAAGCAGCGCCGGGGACGACAGCAACAACACCUUUUAGUGAAAAAGCUGAAAGCGAACAAGCGGAUUACGACGGACGGGCAUAUUCGGAAAUUGAAAGUGUAGAUGAAACAACACUACGAGAUGAAGAACGAGUUGAUGGAAACGAGCGGCGUGGUAGUGUGACAACUGAAGCUUUUGAGGAACUUUAUACGACAAUGCAAGAUUGGGGCGACUUUCGCGAAGUAGCUUCUCAGAAAAUACAUGAUCUUGAAGAACGCUUAUUAAACACGGUUGAUAAAGAUUCCAUGAUAAAUUUAAAGCAGGAAUUAAACAAUCUCGCAGGAAUUCAGUCGACGUUAAAGGAGAGUCAACAACUGGUCAAAGAUGAAUUAAAAAAGCUCGCAGAAUUUCAAAACCGUCCUGUACUUCAGCCAAUAGCUUCACAACAUGACCUUAGCCAGUUGGAGACGUCUGUCGAAGGAAGAAUGGAAGUUUUGAAUAAAAAUAUACAAGAAAUGAAGCAAAACUUCUUUCAGUUGUACGAAAUGAAGGAGAGUGUCGGGGGUCUCAAGGAAUCUGAAGAACUUAUCAAAUCCGAUGUUGAAAGUAUCCGAAGAGAGCUUUUGAAGAUUAUGAAAGAACUGGAAGAUGAACAAGAGGCUCGCAAGGUUUUCGAAAGUUCUGUUGGACGCAGACACUCUCAUGGUGCCAUUGAUAGCGAAGAAAUACACAACAUCCGCUCCAGUUUAUUGGAAAUGAGAAAUGAGAUUGAAAAGCAGAGCACGUCAAUGUCUCAAGUUAUCGAUGAUCAGAACAAGAAACAACUUCAUCUCGAGGCAUUGUAUGGACACGUGGAUCAACUUGAGAACAUCAAGGCAGAUAGACAACAAAUUAAUCUUGAAAUUGAAGUGAAAGCUGAUCGUAAAGAAUUAGAGACAAAAGUCAGUCAGGAUAAGUUUCAGAACAGUCUCAGUAGUUUGGACCAGUCUGUGCAAGAUCUCUUGGAAAAAUUGGUUGGCCAUGAAGCAACAUUGAAACAAGCGAUAAACCACAUCACAUCAGAUGUUAAUACCAAACUCGAUAAAAUGGACAUGGAUACAGUAAAGAAUUAUUUUGAAGGAAAGCUCAAAGACCUGAAUUCCAAAGUACAGCGAAAACCAAAUGAGGAUAAAUCACAAGCCGCCGCAAGUCGCUGUAUGUUGCUACAACCAGCCAAUUGUAUUUCAUGUGAUAGACCAGUACAUCUCUACCGUGAAGGUGCAAAACUACCCUCGUUACCUCUGAACAAACCACUACCUUGCAGCAAGUCUAAUCGACCUUACAUAUCAUGUGACCUCAAUGAUGUACGACAGAAAAUGUACGAUUUGCAAAAACAACGAAAAGUAGACCAAACUGAAUCGUUGGGUCAGGCUAAAGUUCAAAAUGAACUCUUAAAGUUAGGUGCGAUCAAAGAUGGUGAUGAUUUCCAAGAGAUAGCGAACCGCCCGUGUGGAGGUAAUCACACUCUCACAUGCCCGGAGAAACGCACAACCAUACGAGUGAACAAAGCUUAUCGAGAAGACUUGCAUUUUAUUGCACAACUUUCUCAAAAAGACCUGAGCAUCGUCGACAUCCUUGGAUAUGAUGGCCAUGUUUAUAAAGGUCACGUCAAUCAGUUACCUUCUAUUCCGGAAAUUCCAAAAAACACAAUGAUACGCCGGCCAACAACUGGUUCUGGUCGACCCCGCACCAGCAGUCCUAUAUAGAUUACCUUUCAUUUGAUCUUGUUUAGUAGAUAAAACAGGAUUUAUGUAGUACAACGUUUAAAAAUAUGUUACCGGAUUUUACAUAUACAAGUGGACAUUUCAUUAAUACUCUCAUAUGUGAUUGAUAU